AUGUCGUCGAAACUCAUGCGAAUCGUGGCAGCGUUCCUUGCCGUCUUUGCUCUCGUAUCUACGGUCUCUGCAGGGAGACUGAUGGAUGUGGGACAAAACAAAGGCUACAGCCCGAAGUUAGUGGAAAGAUUGAGGAAAAGAGGCACCGGGCAUGCGAAGGCCAAACCUCAACCAGUUAUGGAGAGAGCUGCAGUCACCGCCGGAGCUCCAACAGCAACUUCUCCGCCAAGCUGCGGAGGCAACAAGUGCGCCAAUGCUUUCAAUAAGCAAUUUACUGCAAGCCUUGACAACCUCGAGUCAUUCUGCAGCUCAUGGACUGCUGCACCCACUGCGGCCUUCUCUCCAACCGGGACGGCAACUUGGGCAGCCAAUUGCGUUGGGACCUCAACAGCUGCCUCAGUACAAUCCGCUGUUGCAUCCAAAGUGUCCUCGGCCUGCAGCUGCUUUGUGCCAGAGCCCACAAGCAUUCCCAGAGGAUUCAGAUUCUUGAAUAAGAAUACCGAGCCGUACCAGGUCAAGUCCCUUCCCCUCGUGAACUUCGACAUUGGCGAGAUGUACUCUGGUCUCAUUCCAAUCGAUAUGGACGAUCCUUCACGGGCACUCUUCUUCGUCUUUCAGCCCACCGAUGGGCCACCAGUUGAUGAAGUGACAAUUUGGCUCAAUGGCGGACCAGGUUGCAGUUCGCUCGAAGGAUUCUUCCAAGAAAAUGGCAGAUUUAUUUGGAGCUGGGCCCAGUACGAACCCAUGUUCAACCCAUACGCUUGGGUCAACUUGACAAACGUCUUGUGGGUGGAACAGCCAGUCGGCACUGGCUUCUCAAUUGGGAAUGUUACAGCAACGAGCGAGGAGGAGAUUGCACAGGACUUUGCCGAUUUCUUCUUGAACUUCCAGGCAAUCUUCGGGAUUUCCAAGUUCAAGAUUUACGUUACUGGAGAAAGCUACGCAGGGCGAUACGUACCGUAUAUCUCUGCUGCAAUGCUUGACAAGAAGGACACUGAGCACUUCGAUCUUUCUGGAGCGCUCAUGUACGACCCCUGCAUUGGAUCCUGGGAUUACGUCGCUGAAGAGGUCACCGCAUACCCUUUCAUCGAGGCCAACAACAACAUGAUCGGACUCAACGCAAGCUACUUAGCCACACUGAAAGAACUAGACAAAACAUGUGGCUUUGCGGAUUUCAGAGACAAAUACUACAAAUUUCCACCAGCAGGUGUCCAGCCUGUGGCGCCCGACAUUCCUUUCGAAUCAACAUGCGACAUCAAUACUUUGGCAACCUAUGCGGCGUUCAAGAUAAAUCCUUGCUUCAACUCCUAUGAACUCGUCACCCAAUGUCCAAUCCCAGCAGACGUCAAGGCAGCCAUGCACGCACCAACCCAAGUCUCCUGGUCAGAAUGUACUGGCCCCGUCUUCAUCAACAACGAAGACAGCUCCUUAGACCCCAUCCAACACGUCCUACCCCAAGUAAUAGAAGCUACGAACCGGGUGCUAGUCUCCAACGCCGACCUCGACUUCGUGAUCAUCACAGCCGGCACCCUCCUCUCCAUUCAAAACAUGACCUGGAAUGGAAAACUUGGUUUUGAGAAAGAGCCAAGUACGCCGACGGUCAUUACGUUGCCGGAUUUGCAGUACCAGCAGACGUUUGUGGAUAAUGGGUAUUCGUUCGACCUUGAGGAUCCGCAGGGCACGAUGGGGAUUAACCAUUAUGAGCGGGGGUUGAUGUGGGCACAGACGUAUUUGAGUGGGCAUAUGCAGCCACAGUUUCAACCCAGGUCGGCGUAUAGACAUCUGCAAUGGGUGUUAGGACAUAUCGAGGAACUGUAG